AUGCUCUCACGUGUUGCUGCUGUGAAGGCACCCCGCACACACAACCGUCGCCGCGUGACCGGAUCCAGCGGAAGGAGGAGGGAAGGAGGAGAGAGUGAGCCGCAGAGGCCCAACAUGUCCCGGCGUGUGUUUGCCUCCGCGGUGCUGCUCCUCCUUUUCGUGUUGAUGUGCGGCGCCGCGGAGCCUUUGCGGACCCAAAACUAUGGAACGAGAGUGGACGAUUCCUAUGGAAGACACAGUUUGGAGCAGUUGCCAAGGGAGUAUCCAGUCGCAAACACAGCGGCCGCUGGCCACAUUUUCCGCAAUCCCCAUCUUGUGAAUGUGGACGGGAUGCUGCUGGCCAUUGUUGGAGCUCAGUUCAAUGGAUCUGUGGGGAGCGGGAGUGCGUCCAUGCAGUUGAUGGCACGGAUCAGCGUUGAUGGUGGGAGGACGUGGCGGCCGUACGCGGGGCCAGAAGAUCUUGACGUUUUUGCUGCACGCCUUCACCAGAUGUUGUUUACCACGCCUUACAGACUCUUCGGACCGCUUUUUGCAUUUGUGGAGGGCUACGACUUACGGAAAGGGGCCAGAAUUCGGUUUACCGAUGAGUGGGGAGGAAGUGGUGUGGAGUCUGUUAUCCAUUUUCUGGAGACGGGGCCUAGACGAAGCGGAGGUUUUUCGAUGAAUUCCGUCUCUAUGAGCAUUCGCCUUCCUUAUCCCUAUAAAUCCGACGAAUUGAUUGGCUUCCUCAACGAUGCCAGUACUCCCAUCACGAAAAUGACGGAUGGCACGCUCGUGUUUCCCGUGCAGUUUCUGACAAUGGGAGGGAACACUGCGUCCACAAUCAUGUACAUGAAUCCCGGUCAACAGCACUGGACCUUUGCGAACAGCGCGACACAUGCAGGCUGCACCAACCCCAGUAUCCUUGAAUGGGAGGCUGGGAAAAUCAUCAUGAUCACCUCAUGUGAGUACGGUCGCCGAAGGGUGUAUGAGUCGACUGACAAGGGGAACACGUGGACGGAGGCUGUGGGGACGCUCUCGCGCGUGUGGAGCAACUCAUUGGCAGGUCUUGGGCUCCACAUUCAGAGUGGAUUCAUCACUGCAACCAUUGAUGGAAAGAAGGUGAUCCUCCUCACCCAGCUGGAAUAUCCCAGACACGACAGCAAGGGCGAGAUUCACCUGUGGCUAACGGACACGAACCGCAUUUACCACGUUGGCCUGUUACCCACUGGGUAUGGCGCGACCUCCAGCUCUCUGUUGUACGCGAAUGAUAAGCUGUAUUGUUUGUACGAGGCCGGUGUUGGAAGCAGCUCCGGAGCCUUCUUCCUGGAUCUGGCUUCCGAGCUGCACUGGAUAAGGCAUGCGCUGGAUACUUGGGCCGCGAAGGACAAUGCCUUGAGACGAUGCAGCUCAAUUGCCUCAGGCGCCGCGCUGUCAAGAGGGAACUGUUCUGUUCCUAUCCCCACGGCUGGGCUUGUGGGCCAUUUGGCCGAUAGGCUCCGUGGGGACAAGUGGGAGGACGAGUACCUUGGGGUGAAUGCCGUUGUGAGGGGUGCGGCGAAAAAGGCUCCCAGUGGGUUGACGUUCGAAGGGCAUGACGCAGGGGCCGAGUGGCCCGUGGACAAGCAGUGGCCGACCAGACCGCUCCACUUUUCAAACUAUGGGUUUACUCUUGCGGCAACGGUGUCGAUUCACGAGGUGCCGAAGGGCAUCACUCCCCUGAUGGGCCUGAAGAAAAUGGGGAAGACAACACUCCUGGGACUGUCGUACGAUAAUAAUAUGGAGUGGAGCGUGGAGCAUGAGUUGUUCCCGAAGCAUUUUACCGCAUGGGAGCUGGACAAAACGUAUCACGUGGUGCUCAAAAUGCAUGACGGUGUGGGCUCCGUGUACGUUGACGGGACUCCCCUUUGGAAUAUGAGGCUGAGAAAUUCGUUCAAUGAAGGGCUGGACGCGGUCUCACACUUUUACUUUGGCGCGUACGAUGAGCAGUUGAGCAGCGGAAAAAUCCAUGCGACGGUGGCGAACGUCUUUCUGUACAACCGUCCGUUGAAUGAAACUGAGAUUGGCGCCCUCAACGCGAAUAAAGUCACCAUUCCACCUCCGGAAAGGAAGUCGGCGAAAGCGGCGGCAGCUACUUCCCCGUCCGUUGAAUCUGCCAACGAUAGGGUGAACACA